UGUAAAUGCUUGGUCCCAUUGCACUUACGGAUGCAGAGUGGAUGUAAAACGGAAAAACAAUUUUGCCAUCCGUUGGACGACGUUAUGUAUCCGUUGUGUACUCUUUGCAUACAUGUUUCAUACGCUCUCCGUCCACUGCGAUUUCAUUGUUCGUCCAGUUUGUCCAUUGGAGCGGAUGAAAACGGAUGGAGCCACAAUAUUUUGAUCGUCCUAUGUAUCCGUUGUGAAUACGUUUUGUGUCCGUCGGCCAGUGGGACCAGGCCUUUAGGUUCUUUGAAAUUUGAAAUGAAUUCAUUUCACCUCAAGGUAUCGACUUCAUCGGAUAGGAAACCCCAUUCAACUUCUGCAUGGCUACCACAGGGACCACACUGACGUCGAACCUGGCGAACCCGAUGCCGAGCUCAAUGUCGAGCGGAAUAUCAUCAGGAAGCUGGAGAUAUGUGGUGCUCCUCACCAAGUUUAGUCUUGAUUUCUUGACCCAGGGGCUCUUGAAAGCCUUUGGUGUCCUCGUCCCAGCCCUUGUUGACAAAUUUGAGACCGACUAUGGAACGAUUGGUUUCAUCUUAUCGAUGGAGUUAACCGUCUUUUUCAUGGCGUGUCCUCUUGUACGCAUCUUGGCCAAAUGGAUUGAUCCUAGAGCACUUUGCAUUCUGGGUAGUAUUGGAUCAAGUGCAGCAAUCGCCGCCUCAGCUUAUGUGGAUCAAACCGUCUUGUUUGGCGUUGCCAUGUUCAUGACGGGACUGUUUAGUGCCCCAAUAAAUCAGAUAUCUUACGAAGUCCUCCAUCAAUAUUUUGGAGAGAGGUUCGGCUUUGUGAAUUCUUUAUGCCUCCUGGGAUCUUUAGUGGGCGGUAUGGCCUUUCCAGUUCUCACCUUCCAACUACUUGACGCAUAUGGACUUGAGGGCGCCCUUGUUUGUCUUGCAGCUGUAUAUCUUCAUUGCGUCCCUAUUGCGAUUACCUUCAGAUCGCCACAUGCGUCGAGAACUGGAUAUCACCAAGCGUCCUCAUGCGAGGAUAUACCAAGAGAUGUUGGAAUAGCGGCUGUUUUCUCUGAUGAACAAGGGUCAACUUUCCAACCUGGUGAUUUUGAAACAACGGAGCAAAACCCUUCAACAGUUUAUCAACAAGAACAAACUGCAACAUCAAGAAUCGUAGACUUCUUCCUGGUUACUUUAAAUUUCAGAGUUUUUGUCCAAGAAAAGGCAUUUUGUUUGUUAUUUUUGCCGUGUAAGUUCAUUGUACAGGCCCUCAUGGUCAGUUGGACACUCUUCGUGGUGUCGUAUGCAGUCACGAAAGGCCUUGAUGAAUCCUUGGCGGCCUAUCUACCACUUACUGGUGCCCUGGGUGGGUUCAUCAACCAAACGGUUGUCACCGUCAUCCUGCAUUUCCGACCACACUGGGGCGCGAUGAUAUUCACCAUAAACAUGGCAUCUGCAGCUGUAGCCUUCUUCUUCUAUCAACUCAAUGCAUCCUUCAUCAACUUGUUAGUCUGCUCGUUUUUUGCCGGAGGUUGCAUCUUCGGAUCCUUUCCAGCAACGUACUCUGUUCUGCUCUUCUUCGUCGCGACAGAAAACUUUGCAAGCAUUCUUUCUAUCAAGCUUUUUGUGACAGGAGCCGCAGUGGUUUCAUCUGGUUACAUGUCAGGAAGUAUUUACGACGUCACUGGAUCGUUCGACGAUGCCUUCAUGAUUCUUGGAGCUAUGAGCGCCAUGGCAGUCUUCCUUACUGUUGUUCUGAUGCUAGUAAAGAAAGUGAGAGGAGAAGCUGAUUAAACCAGGGCUACGCCUUUAAUACAAAGAUUAAUGAUUUAUCGGAACAAUUACAAUUAUGGAAAGCCAGCAACGCCAAAAUCUAAGAUGUAUAUAGAAUCAUGAACUUGUUCAAAAUGAUAUCUAGAUAUGUACUCAUACAUUCAAAGUCGUCUUGACAAUAUGGUGUGUUUCUUCUUUGUUUACGAAAAAAAAACAUUAUGCAAAUUUUCUGUAGGAAAAAAAUAUGAAAAUAAUGGAUUUCCAUUCAGUUGAGAUUGAUUGGAAACAUCACAACUGUUUGUAAUAUGGAACAUGUUUUACAUGAUCGUUCUAACAACGACGCUGUCAACCUGCUUAGACUUUACGAAAUCAUCAUUAGCUUUGUUCGUCCUCAUCAUCUUCAUCAUAUUGUCAUCGUAAUCCCUUUGCUCGACAAACUCAACCGAACUCGUUUAUUCAAGCUCUCAUGUUCCAAUGAAGUGUUUAUGACGGGAUUUUUUUUUAUUCCGAAGAAUAUGUAAUGUUUAAUAAAUUAAUCAUUAUCUACGAGAUUCAAUUUUUUGGUUUCUAUUUAUUUGCCCUCCGAAAAUAUCGAUACAAUAUUUUAUGUAUAUCUGCCUUUUAAGGUU